AUGUCCGAGGUACUGGAAGAAGAUAACCUCCCAUUAAAAUUGUCUCAAUUAUGGCACAAUCUAAUUGAAAAGCAACCAUAUGUACAGAAAUCCCCGAUUGUGAUUUUAGGAAGGCGCUACGUAGAUAAGGAGCAACCCCAGGUGCCCGAUCAUAAAAUAGAUGUGGACCAACAAGCACAAAAUUUAGAAAAUAACAAGACCAACCUUCUAUCAUCACCUCUGUUUGAUUACAGUCAAGUUGAAUCUGAUAUUAGGUCACGUAUCUGGCUUACCUAUCGUACUGGGUUUGAACCAAUCCCCAAGGCCGUAGAUGGUCCUCAACCGCUUUCGUUUGUACAAUCAAUGAUCUUCAAUCGAAACCUUACUUCAACAAUCUACAAUAUUCACAGUCUCACUGAUAAUGAGAGUUUUUCUACUGAUGUUGGUUGGGGGUGUAUGAUUAGAACUUCACAAUCAUUGCUUGCUAAUACUUACCAAAAAAUCCUUUUGGGACGAGAUUUCACUUAUGAUGACAUGUCAAAUCUGAACCAAACUUCUCUCAAGAAGCACAAUCUAUUGAUUGAUUUAUUUCGUGAUUCCACUUCAGCUCCAUUUUCUAUUCAUAAUUUCAUCAAGGUUGCUACUGAACUGCCUCUACAAGUUAAACCAGGUGAAUGGUUUGGUCCUAAUGCUGCGUCAUUGUCGAUCAAACGUCUUUGUAACAAGUUGAAAUUGGAACCAAAUACUCCAAAUGUCUCUAUCCCUCAAAUUGACGUUAUUAUCAGUGAAAGUUCAGACUUGUAUGAUGAUGUGAUUAAAUCAAAUUUCAAUAGUGAUACUCAAAAGCCAUUACUAGUAUUGUUACCAAUUCGAUUGGGAAUUGAAAAAAUUAAUUCAUAUUAUUAUGCCUCUUUAUUUCAACUUCUUUCAUUGAAUCAAUCGGUUGGUAUUGCUGGUGGUAAACCAUCAUCUAGUUAUUAUUUCUUUGGAUAUCAAGGAUCUAAAUUUCUUUAUUUGGAUCCACAUUACCCACAAUAUUGUCAACCAGAUGAUUACUCUACAUAUCAUACAACCAGGUAUCUGUAUCUUGAUAUCCAAGAAAUGGAUCCUUCAAUGAUGGUUGGAAUUUUAUUAAUGGAUAUAAAAGAUUAUUACGAUUUCAAGGAGAAUUGUACAACCAUGGGUAAUAAGAUUGUGAAUUUCCAUAAUACCCUGGUUUCAGGAGACCUGAAACCUAAGCGUAAGAUGUCUGAGUUUGUAAAUAUUACUAGAGGGGACUUGAGCUCGCAGGACGAGGACUUUGUUCCAAUAGAUGAAGAAAUCGAUAAUGAUUACAUUGAUAUAGGAGAAGAAAUUGAGAACAUUACUCAGGAGGAAUCAGUCACAGUUGAAAAAUCAGAAAAUAAUGAGGAACCAGUAACUGUGGAAAUAGAUGAUGGAUUUCUGGUAAGGUCUACAUCUGCAGAAAUUGUAUAG